CCUUUUAUGGAGUAAUGGCAGCAACAACCCGUUCUCUCUCACAGACCCCAGCGAAUCAUCCGCCUCAGCAGCAGCGAAAGCUAAAGACGCCGCAAUAAGAUCAUGCUCGAGUGCUGCACUAGCUUCGGUAAACGCGCCCUUUGCAUCCUUCCAAAGGCCUCUCAGUUUCCAAUCCUCCACCCCCAUAAACAUGGGUAGCUGUGUUUCUCGGUUUGUGUGAUUUUCCUGAUGAUUGGGUCUUCUCCUGCUCUCUUUGGAUUCUCCUUUCGCUUUCCCUCUCCAUCUCCCUCCCCCAAUUCCUUUCCAAUCCCAUUUCUGCCCCUCUUUCAUAUGUCCAGCAGUAGUCAGACACAGAGGAAUCCUCGCCUCGGGAAUUAUGAUGGUGGGAAAGAGACAAGGAUAAAAGGUGGUAGGAUUUUUAACAUUUUCAGCGGCAGCAGCAGCAACGGCUGUCUGACUCGUCCCCAAACGAGCGUAUAUAUAUAAGCAUACACGCUUCAUAUAUAAAAGCGCGAGAAAGCAAAACGCCACUCUUCUUUCUACUACACUCUCACCCAAGAUAGAGAGAGAGAGGGAGAGAGAGAGACAAAUGUCAUGGCUGUAGGAGGAGAAAUGAUGGUUAGCAUUGCACAACCUAUUUUCUUCUCUCUCUUUUGUCAGUAUCUAGUAACCAAACCACUAGCCCAUCUCUUCUUUGCCCUCGUUUCCUGACCACGUGGCUCGACCAAGACUCUAAUAACAGCUCAUCAUGGCUACUUGUAUUAGCUCCUUCUCUCCAAACUGAAUCCAUCUGCCGCUGUUGCUGCUGCUGCAAUGGCGCCCGUGUUGCGGUUUCGGAGGAUGUGUGUCGAGCCAGUCAAGUUCUCUUUAGGAGUUGGCGCAGAAGCUCUCAUUAACAGCAACAACAAAGACCAACAUCUCUCUUCUGCUGCUGCUGCUGCCGAUUUGAGUAGUAGAGAUGGGAAGAAGGAGAGGAGGAAGGCUGGUAAGGAAUGGAGGUGUGUUGAUUGGUGCUGUUGGAUGAUCGGCUGCACGUGCACUACCUGGUGGCUUCUCCUUCUCCUCUUCAACUCACUGCCUGCGUCCCUCCCGGGCUUCCCUUUGCCCGAACCGCCCGGUGUGAAGCUCAAGAGAGAAGGACUCAAGCCUCUCCAUCCUGUUGUUUUAAUUCCCGGGAUCGUCACUGGCGGUCUUGAGCUGUGGGAAGGCCGGCCUUGCGCUGAUGGCCUCUUCCGCAAGCGCCUCUGGGCUGGCAGCUUCACCGAAAUCUUCAAGAGGCCUCUGUGCUGGUUGGAGCACAUGUCCCUCGACAAUGAGACAGGGCUAGACCCUCCAGGGAUACGGGUUCGUGCCGUCCCUGGCCUGGUUGCAGCUGACUAUUUUGCUCCGGGGUACUUUGUUUGGGCAGUCCUCAUUGAGAAUUUGGCGCGCAUUGGCUACGAGGGGAAGAAUAUGCACAUGACCGCAUACGAUUGGAGGCUUUCUUUCCAGAAUACCGAGGUUCGCGACCAAUCUCUGAGUAGACUAAAGAGCAAGAUCGAACUCAUGGUCAAAACCAACAACAAUAAGAGGGUUGUAGUGGUGCCACAUUCCAUGGGGGUACUCUAUUUUCUCCAUUUCCUUAAAUGGGUUGAAGCACCACCUCCCAUUGGAGGUGGAGGGGGUCCAGGAUGGUGUGCCAAGCACAUCAAAGCAAUCAUGAACAUCGGGCCAACAUUUCUUGGUGUUCCUAAGGUUGUUAGUGGCAUAUUUUCAGCUGAAGCUAAAGAUGUCGCUUUUGCCAGGGCCAUGGCUCCUGGUGUGUUAGAUUAUGAUAUUCUUGGCCUACAAACUCUAGAGCAUGUAAUGCGUGUAGUUCGCACAUGGGACUCUAUCAUGUCUUUGUUGCCAAAAGGUGGAGAAGCAAUCUGGGGCAACUUGGAUUGGUCACCUGAAGAAGGUUACAAUUGUGACACUAUGAAGAAGCAUUUGAAGGGCUCUUUACGUGAAGAGUUUGGCCCAACCAACUCGAGUGAUGGAAAGCUAGGUUUUAGAGUAGAAGAGACUGUUCACUAUGGAAGGUUAAUCUCCUUCGGCAAGACUGCAUCUCAGUUGCCGUCUUCCGAGCUAUUGACUGUUAAUUACGAGGAACUCUCACAAGCUGGUGCUGCCCGUAAGACAAAGUCCUCAUGUGGAGAGAUCUGGACAGAAUAUGAUGAGAUCGACCGAGAAAGCAUCCGAGCAGUUGCUGAGAAAAAGGUUUACACAGCAAGAACCAUACUCGAUCUACUACGCUUUGUUGCCCCAAAGACGAUGCGGCGUGCUGAUGCUCAUUUUUCUCAUGGGAUAGCCGACAAUCUAGAUGAGCCAAAGUAUUCUCAUUACAAGUACUGGUCUAAUCCACUGGAGACCAAGUUGCCAGAUGCUCCAGAUAUGGAAAUUUACUCCUUAUAUGGGGUAGGUAUCCCGACAGAAAGGUCUUAUGUCUACAAACUCUCGCCUUCGGACAGGUGCAAGAGUAUCCCCUUCCGAAUUGAUAGCUCGGCUGAUGGGAGUGAUAGUGGGUGUUUGAAAAGCGGUGUAUACUUUGUAGAUGGGGAUGAAAGUGUCCCUGUUCUCAGUGCCGGGUUCAUGUGUGCCAAAGGGUGGCGUGGAAGAACCCGGUUUAACCCUUCCGGAAUGGCUACUUUUGUGAGGGAAUAUCGGCACAAGCCACCUGCCAAUCUUCUAGAAGGCCGUGGUUUGGAGAGUGGGGCUCAUGUUGACAUCAUGGGGAAUGUGGCAUUGAUUGAGGACAUCAUGCGGGUAGCAGCAGGUGCAACUGGAAUUGAGUUGGGUGGUGACCGGAUUUAUUCCGACAUCCUAAAGAUGUCAGAAAGGAUCAAAAUCCGGCUAUGAGUUGUAUCAUUGAGAUAAUUUUCUAGAGUUCAUUUUCGUUUUUUCAAUGAUUUUUCCUACUUUCCAUAUACUGAUCAUAGAAGAAAUAGUUCCUAGAUUUGUUCA